AUGUCUGUCGAUCCCGUUCAAGCCGUGACCCUUGAGAUCCGCGGAAAGAUCGCCAUCAUCACUCUCAACCAGGAGAAGAAACUCAAUGCCCUGUCCCAGGACCUAUACUACCGCAUCGCCCAGCUGCUCAACGACAUCGCCCAGCGCGACGACAUCUACAUCACCCUCCUCGCCGCCAAGGGCCGUUUCUUCUCUGCUGGCGCCGAUGUUUCCAUUUCGCGUUCCACCCCUGACGCUGAAACCGAAGUCAGACGUCACUGGCUGAAGAACUUUGUCGCCAACAACCUCUUCGUGACGCGCGCCUUCUACACCCACCCCAAGAUCCUGAUCACCGCCCUCAACGGCCCUGCCGUCGGCCUCUCCGCGGCCCUCAUUGCCUUCUCCGACUUUAUUUACGCCACGCCCUCUGCCUACAUUCUUACUCCUUUCUCCUCCCUCGGCCUUGUUGCCGAGGGCGGCGCCUCCCGGGCUUUUGUUCAGCGCCUCGGCAUUUCCAAGGCCAACGAGGCCCUCAUUAUGAGCAAGAAGAUCACAGCUGAAGAGUUGGAACGGACAGGCUUUGUGAACAAGGUCAUCGAUACCAAGGGCGACAGCGACAAGUUCAGGGAUGCGGUGCUGGCGGAAAUUGAUGACCGGCUGGGCAGUCACUUGAACCAAGACAGUCUGCUGGGGAUCAAGGCCCUGAUCCGGAAGCCGGAGAGGGACGCUUUUGAUAAGCAGAACGUGGAGGAGGUGUUUGGUGGACUGGAGAGAUUUGCGGCAGGGAUUCCGCAAGAGGAGUUCCGGAAGCUGGCGAGUGGAGAGAAGAAGCACAAGUUGUAA